GGAGACCUGCGGCCCGGUGUCCGUUCCUGUGUCCUGCCGCAGCCAUGUCCCGCAAGUCAGGCUCCCGCUCCUCCUCCAAGAGAGGGUCAAAGAAGUCAGGAGGAGGAAGCAAUGUGUUUGAUAUGUUCACACAGCGGCAGGUGGCCGAAUUCAAGGAGGGUUUCCAGCUGAUGGACCGCGACAAGGACGGAGUUAUCGGCAAAAAUGAUCUCCGCGGAACCUUCGAUGAAAUCGGUCGCAUUGCCACCGACCAGGAGCUGGACGAGAUGUUGGCGGACGCCCCAGCACCCAUCAACUUCACCAUGUUGCUCAAUAUGUUCGCUGAGCGACAGACGGGCGAGUCGGACGACGACGACGUGGUGGCGAAAGCCUUCAUAGCCUUCUCUGACGAAGAGGGGCUGAUAGACUGCGACACCUUCCGCCACGCUCUCAUGACCUGGGGUGACAAAUUCUCAGCUCAGGAGGCUGACGACGCAAUCGAUCAGAUGGAUGUCGGUGACGACGGCAAGAUUGACGUACAGACCAUCAUCCAGAUGCUGACAGCCGGCGCCGGUGACGAUGCUGCCGCGGGAGAAGGCGAAGAAGCCUAAAAGACCCCCAAGCCACUCCUACCCUCAAGCACACGCCCAGCUCCCCACGCUCAGUGUGUAAUAUGAGUCAAGAAGCAAGUCACUGCCAAUGGGCUGUGCUCGAGGCUAGACCUUUGUUAUCGUGGUGUUGUGACUGUGAGAGAACAGCUAAAUUCAGAUGAGUGUCUCCCAAGAUACGAAAAAAAAAAUAAUACAACGAACUCUAGGCCUAUAGUGGUUUAUAUUAAUUGUUGAUGAUCGACCUAUUCAAAUAAAGCCAAAUUUGGAUAA